GCAGAGAGGAUUCUGGAAAGGUCUCUUUGUUUUCUUGUCCACAGAGAAUGCAGAAAAUUGUAAUUAAUUUGUAAACCUCUGUGGCUAAAAACCUCAACAACUGCCUUUGAAGGCACAUUAUCCUGUAAUCUUCUUGGAUGCUGGGCUUUGUGCUGUGAUUUGCAAUUCUCUUUUUAUCAGGACAUUCUCAUGCGAGAGGCUAAACGAAAUUAAAUUUGCAGGAUGAAAAGAUGGCACAGGCACUGCUGGUACCCCCAGGACCUGAUAGCUUCCGCUAUUUUACUAGAGAAUCUCUCGCUGCUAUUGAAAAACGCUCUGCAGAAGAGAAAGCUAAGAAGGCUAAAAGAGAACUCAAAGAGGAUGAUGAUGAGAACAAACCAAAGCCAAAUAGUGACUUGGAAGCAGGAAAAUCUCUCCCAUUUAUUUAUGGAGACAUUCCACCUGGGAUGGUGUCAGAGCCCUUGGAGGACCUUGACCCAUACUAUAUCAAUAAGAAAACGUUCAUAGUAUUGAAUAAAGGAAAGGCAAUCUUUCGAUUCAGUGCCACAUCUGCCUUGUAUAUUUUAACUCCUCUCAACCCUGUAAGAAAAAUUGCUAUUAAGAUUUUGGUACAUUCUUUAUUCAGCAUGCUCAUUAUGUGCACUAUUCUGACCAACUGUGUAUUUAUGACCAUGAGUAACCCUCCAGACUGGACAAAGAAUGUAGAGUACACUUUUACAGGAAUUUAUACCUUCGAAUCACUUAUAAAAAUUUUGGCAAGAGGUUUCUGCUUAGAAGGCUUUACUUUUCUUCGUGAUCCAUGGAACUGGCUGGAUUUCAGUGUCAUUUUGAUGGCGUACGUAACAGAAUUUGUAAACCUAGGCAAUGUUUCAGCUCUUCGAACUUUCAGAGUAUUGAGAGCUCUGAAAACUAUUUCUGUAAUCCCAGGUUUAAAGACUAUUGUGGGGGCUCUGAUUCAGUCAGUGAAGAAGCUUUCUGAUGUCAUGAUCCUGACUGUCUUUUGUCUGAGUGUAUUUGCUCUCAUUGGGCUGCAGCUGUUCAUGGGCAACCUGAGGAAUAAAUGUUUGCAAUGGCCCCCAGGCAAUUCUACUUUUGAAACAAACAUUACUUCCUACUUUAAUAGUACAAUAGAUAUAAAUGGGACAUCUGGUAAUACAACAAUGAGCACAUUUAACUGGAAGGAAUACAUUGAAGAUAAAAGUCAUUUUUAUUAUUUGGAUGGACAAAGUGAUGCUUUACUUUGUGGAAAUAGCUCAGAUGCAGGUCACUGUCCAGAAGGAUAUAUAUGUGUGAAAGCUGGUAUUAAUCCCAAUUAUGGCUAUACUAGUUUUGAUACCUUCAGUUGGGCCUUCUUGUCUUUGUUCCGACUAAUGACUCAAGAUUACUGGGAAAACCUUUAUCAGCUGACACUACGUGCUGCAGGAAAAACAUACAUGAUAUUUUUUGUUCUGGUAAUAUUCUUGGGCUCAUUCUAUUUGGUGAACUUGAUCCUGGCGGUGGUUGCCAUGGCCUAUGAGGAGCAGAAUCAGGCCACUUUGGAAGAGGCAGAGCAAAAAGAGGCUGAGUUUCAGCAAAUGCUGGAACAACUUAAGAAGCAACAAGAAGAAGCUCAGGCAGUAGCAGCAGCAUCAGCUGCAUCAAGAGAUUUCAGUGGAAUAGGUGGGCUAGGGGAGCUCUUGGAAAGUUCUUCAGAAGCAUCAAAAUUGAGCUCAAAAAGUGCUAAAGAAAGAAGAAAUAGAAGGAAGAAAAGAAAACAGAAGGAGCAGCCUGGAGGAGGUCAAGGAGAGAGUGAUAAGUUUCCCAAAUCUGAAUCUGAAGAUAGUGUCAGAAGAAGUUUCCACAUAUCUGUGGACGGAAGCCGACUGAAUUAUGAAAAAAGAUUCUCUUCUCCUCAUCAGUCUCUGCUGAGCAUCCGUGGCUCCCUGUUUUCCCCAAGGCGCAAUAGCAAAACGAGCAUUUUCAGCUUCAGAGGUCGAGCAAAGGAUGUCGGCUCUGAAAAUGAUUUUGCUGAUGACGAGCACAGCACAUUUGAAGACAAUGAGAGCAGGAGAGAUUCACUCUUUGUGCCGCACAGACAUGGAGAACGACGCCACAGUAACGUUAGUCAGGCCAGUAUGUCAUCCAGGAUGGUGGUGCCAGUGCUUCCAGCCAAUGGGAAGAUGCACAGCACUGUGGAUUGCAAUGGUGUGGUUUCCUUGGUGGGUGGACCUUCAACACUUACGUCACCUACUGGACAUCUUCCACCAGAGGGCACCACUACAGAAACUGAAGUGAGAAAAAGGCGGUUAAGUUCUUACCAGAUUUCUAUGGAGAUGCUAGAAGAUUCCUCUGGGAGGCAAAGAGCUAUGAGUAUAGCCAGCAUAUUAACCAACACUAUGGAAGAACUUGAAGAAUCCAGGCAGAAAUGUCCACCAUGUUGGUAUAGAUUUGCUAAUACUUUCCUCAUCUGGGACUGCUGGGAUCCAUGGUUAAAAGUGAAACGCAUUGUUAAUCUGAUUGUGAUGGAUCCAUUUGUUGAUCUUGCCAUCACCAUCUGCAUUGUCUUAAACACUCUAUUUAUGGCCAUGGAACACUAUCCUAUGACUCAGCAAUUCAACAGUGUGCUGUCUGUAGGAAACCUGGUAUUUACUGGAAUCUUCACAGCUGAAAUGGUUCUCAAGAUAAUUGCCAUGGAUCCAUAUUAUUAUUUCCAAGAGGGUUGGAAUAUCUUCGAUGGCAUUAUUGUCAGUCUUAGUUUAAUGGAGCUCGGCCUGGCCAACGUGGAAGGAUUGUCAGUUCUCCGAUCAUUUAGACUGCUCCGGGUUUUCAAGUUGGCAAAAUCUUGGCCAACACUGAACAUGCUGAUAAAGAUCAUUGGCAACUCAGUAGGGGCUCUGGGAAACCUGACCUUGGUGUUGGCCAUCAUUGUCUUCAUUUUUGCUGUGGUCGGCAUGCAGCUCUUCGGCAAGAGCUACAAAGAAUGUGUCUGCAAGAUCAACACUGAUUGCACACUGCCACGCUGGCACAUGCAUGACUUCUUCCAUUCCUUCCUCAUUGUGUUCCGGGUGCUGUGUGGAGAAUGGAUAGAGACCAUGUGGGACUGUAUGGAAGUGGCAGGCCAAACCAUGUGCCUUAUUGUUUUCAUGUUGGUCAUGGUGAUUGGGAACCUAGUGGUACUGAAUCUGUUUCUGGCCUUGCUGCUGAGCUCAUUUAGUUCAGACAAUCUUGCUGCUACUGAUGAUGAUAAUGAAAUGAACAAUCUCCAGAUUGCUGUGGGGAGAAUGCAAAAAGGGAUAGAUUAUGUGAAAAAAGAAAUACGGGAAUGUGUCCAAAAAGCCUUUGUUGGAAAGCCAAAAGCUAUAGAAAUCAAAGUCCUUGAAGGCAAUAAGAUAGAAAGCUGCAUUUCCAAUAAUACUCCAGUUGAAAUAAGCAAAGACCUUAAUUAUCUGAAAGAUGGUAAUGGAACUACCAGUGGUGUAGGUACAGGAAGCAGCGUGGAAAAAUAUAUAAUUGAUGAAAAUGAUUACAUGUCAUUCAUAAACAACCCCAGCCUUACUGUAACAGUACCAAUUGCAGUUGGUGAAUCUGAUUUUGAAAACUUAAAUACUGAAGAUUUCAGCAGUGAGUCAGAACUGGAAGAAAGCAAAGAGAAGUUAAAUGCAUCCAGUUCAUCCGAAGGCAGCACAGUCGAUGUUGCCCCUCCCAGAGAAGGUGAACAAGCAGAAAUUGAACCAGAAGAAGACCUUGAACCAGAAGACUGUUUUACUGAAGGCUGCAUCAAGAAGUUCCCAUUUUGUCAAGUAAGUAUAGAAGAAGGCAAAGGAAAAAUCUGGUGGAAUCUUAGGAAAACCUGCUACAGUAUUGUUGAACACAACUGGUUCGAGACAUUUAUUGUCUUCAUGAUCCUACUCAGCAGUGGUGCCUUGGCUUUUGAAGACAUUUACAUUGAACAACGAAAGACCAUUAAGACAAUGUUGGAAUAUGCUGACAAGGUCUUCACCUAUAUCUUCAUUUUGGAAAUGCUUCUAAAAUGGGUGGCUUAUGGUUUUCAAACAUAUUUCACUAAUGCCUGGUGCUGGCUGGAUUUCUUGAUUGUUGACGUAUCGCUGGUUAGCUUGGCAGCCAAUGCUCUGGGCUACUCGGAACUUGGUGCCAUCAAAUCUCUUCGAACACUAAGAGCUUUAAGACCUCUGAGAGCCUUGUCCCGGUUUGAAGGAAUGAGGGUGGUUGUGAAUGCUCUGGUUGGAGCCAUUCCCUCCAUCAUGAAUGUCCUGUUGGUUUGUCUCAUAUUCUGGCUCAUCUUCAGUAUCAUGGGAGUGAAUUUGUUUGCUGGCAAAUUCUACCACUGUGUUAAUGUCACUACUGGUGUCAUGUUCGAAGUUAAGGAAGUCAACAAUUUUACUGAUUGUCAGGCUCUUGGAGAUCAGGCGCGGUGGAAAAAUGUGAAAGUAAACUUUGAUAAUGUUGGAGCUGGAUAUCUUGCCCUGCUUCAAGUGGCAACAUUUAAAGGAUGGAUGGAUAUUAUGUAUGCAGCUGUUGAUUCACGAGAAGUAAAACAACAACCUGAAUAUGAAGUCAAUUUAUACAUGUAUUUAUACUUUGUCAUCUUUAUCAUUUUUGGGUCAUUUUUCACUCUGAACCUAUUUAUUGGUGUCAUCAUAGAUAACUUCAACCAGCAAAAAAAGAAGUUUGGAGGUCAAGACAUUUUUAUGACAGAGGAACAGAAAAAAUAUUAUAAUGCAAUGAAGAAACUAGGAUCGAAGAAACCUCAGAAACCUAUCCCUAGACCAGCAAAUAAAUUCCAGGGAAUGGUCUUUGAUUUUGUAACUAGACAAGUCUUUGAUAUCAGCAUCAUGAUCCUCAUCUGCCUCAACAUGGUUACCAUGAUGGUGGAGACUGAUGACCAGAGUGAUGAUAUGACUAGCAUUCUGUCUCGGAUUAACCUUGUAUUCAUUGUCCUCUUCACUGGAGAAUGUGUACUGAAGAUGAUCUCCCUCCGCCAUUACUACUUCACCAUAGGAUGGAACAUUUUUGAUUUUGUUGUGGUCAUUCUUUCCAUUGUGGGUAUGUUUCUAGCUGAAAUGAUAGAAAAAUAUUUUGUAUCCCCUACCCUGUUUCGAGUGAUCCGCCUUGCCAGGAUUGGACGAAUCCUUCGUCUCAUCAAAGGAGCAAAGGGGAUCCGCACGCUCCUCUUUGCUUUGAUGAUGUCCCUCCCUGCUCUGUUUAACAUUGGACUCCUUCUCUUCCUGGUCAUGUUUAUCUAUGCUAUCUUUGGAAUGUCCAAUUUUGCUUAUGUUAAGAAAGAAUAUGGAAUCGAUGACAUGUUUAACUUUGAAACCUUUGGCAACAGCAUGAUCUGCCUCUUCCAAAUCACCACAUCUGCUGGUUGGGAUGGUUUGCUUGCACCCAUUCUUAACAGUGGACCACCAGACUGUGACCUAGAAACAAUUCACCCUGGAAGCUCAGUCAAAGGAGAUUGUGGCAACCCAUCUGUUGGGAUUUUCUUUUUUGUCAGUUACAUCAUCAUCUCAUUCCUGGUGGUUGUAAACAUGUACAUUGCUGUUAUCCUGGAGAACUUCAGUGUUGCUACUGAAGAGAGUGCAGAGCCACUAAGUGAGGAUGACUUUGAGAUGUUCUACGAGGUUUGGGAGAAGUUUGAUCCUGAUGCCACCCAGUUCAUAGAAUACAGUAAACUCUCUGAUUUUGCAGCUGCCCUGGAUCCACCUCUUCUUAUAGCAAAACCAAACAAAGUCCAGCUCAUAGCCAUGGACCUGCCCAUGGUAAGUGGGGACAGAAUUCACUGUCUUGACAUCUUAUUUGCUUUCACAAAGCGUGUUUUGGGAGAGAGUGGAGAGAUGGAUGCUCUCAGAAUACAGAUGGAAGAUCGAUUUAUGGCAUCUAAUCCUUCCAAAGUCUCCUAUGAGCCAAUUACAACUACUUUGAAACGGAAACAAGAAGAGGUUUCUGCUGCUAUCAUUCAGCGUAAUUUCAAAUGCUAUCUUUUUAGACAAAGGCUUAAAAAGGUACCAAAUGAUUAUAAUAAUGAUAAUGGUAAAGGUAGGGUAGACCUACCUAUUAAAGAACACUUAAUUAUUGAUAAACUAAAUGGUAACACCACUCCAGAAAAGACAGAUGAAAGUUCCUCUACAACCUCUCCACCUUCAUAUGAUAGUGUAACAAAACCAGACAAAGAAAAGUUUGAAACGGACAGACUAGAAAAUGGAAGUAAAGGGAAAGAUGUCAGGGAAAAUAAAAAGUAAAAAGAAACAAAGAACUCUCUUUGCUAUCAAUUGUUUACAGCCUGUGAAGGGGAUGUGUUUGUGUCAACUGGACUCCUUUAGGAGGUCUACACCAAACUGUUUUCUUUUUUUCAAACAUACCUAAGGUCAGUGCCUCUCACAAGACAGUGACCCUGCUCUGUCACUGUAACUCUGUAAAACAGGGUAACAACACUGACAGGGGUUUGCUGUUCUCACUACCAACUGACACUGCUGAAGAGAAGAGACAAAGUGGCUACUUAGUCUAUAGAGACCAGUUAAGUACUGCAAAGUGAUCGAUAUGAUUACACAAACACCAAACCAUUUUAGUAUAGUAAUUGUAUCCACUGUAUUUCACAUGCAACAUUUGCCAUGUUUUUUUAAACAAAAUUUGACCUAAUUAUUUUAUCAUUUCCAUAAUUCACAAGUUGUUCACUACCCUUUGUGGCUCUGUAAAUGAGUUUAAAAUUUUAGGAAAAUGUCUAAGAACCAAGAGGUCUGCUCUAUGGUUUCCUCAAUUAUACAGACAGAAGUUAUUUGAUAUCAUGAUAGCUACAAUCCUAGCUUACGCCCAGGGAGGGAAAUAAUACAUAAUGUUGACAAUACUUACAAUCCUUCUAUUUCUUAGAUGCCCCUAAAUCUGGGAGUGUUUCAGUUUGUUAUGUGUAUCUCAUUGUAAACACUUUUAUGUGCCUGUAAAGUCUCCUCUAAUUUUUAAUGGAUUAUUUUUACGAAAAUAAUUGUUUCAGCAAGUGCAAAUUUCCUUCCAAGUAUCAAAGUCCUAUAUUUCGUUUUGGUUAAAUGUUACUUUCUAGAAAGCAGAUGAAGUAAUCUGCUUCAGCAAAGUAACAGACAAAACAUAUCACACGAGAAUAGUUGUUCCACGUUCUCCUGCAGUAUUGCUUAGCCAUCUUCUGCUCUCAACAAAGCUGACAUUUUUGUCAAUGAAACAGCCUCUGUUAUGUAAAUAGUUAUUUUAUCCUGUGGUGCAUGUUUGAGCAAAUAUAUAUGGCCAGAUAAAUAACUUUUAUGAAUCAAAUAUGUACCACAGUAUGUGUAUUUUUUGCAAGUGUGCAGCAACAAAUAUGAUGUAUCCUGUACCAUUCAUUAUACAUAGUUUGGAGGCUCUCACUAACGCAUGUUAAUAUUGCCUGUGCUGCUGCUAUAGCUUCUUACUCCUUCCAUUCUUCAUGUCUAUUAUAGAAAGCCAUAUGUUGGUGGUAAAGUGAAAACAAACAUUCAACCAGACCUCUGUCUGCUAUGUCAUGAGUAAUAGUUUACAGUUCUUUAACAGCUUCUUUAGUUUUGCUUUUCAAAUUUUAAGUGACUAUCAUAUGGUGUCUACCAAGAUUUUAAGAAAACACCUUGCAGACUGCCUAUUGUGCUAAAAAAAAACUUUAGUUCAUUUUUUGUUUUAAAAGAUCUGUUUAAACAUGUUUAAAUAUACAUAUUGUAAAAAUAUUGUUUUGUCAGCAUUCUGUACAUAAGAAAAUUAUUUUCAGGUUGGUGUCAUGGCAAGUUUAUUUUAUUUUAUGCUUUCACUUUUUUAAAAACAUUUAACAACUAUAGACUUUUGAAUCCAUGAUACUUUUCAAUGAAGAACUUCUCAAAAUAAAAGUAAGAGAAAGGGUAUUUGUGGGUUCCUUUGUUUUGAUACAAGGUUUCUAAUCAUUUCAUAGUACAGCAUUGUUAGGGGAAAAAAAACAGACCCAGUUCAUUUCUUUCUAACUAUACUCACUGCAACAUAAUCCAUUUUCAUAAUCAUCUUAUCUCUUUCAGUAUUUAUUUACACAGAUAACUCUUAUUUUCUUUAAUUCAUGCUGCUCUAGACUUGUUGCAGAAAUUAUGUGGGAUCCACGCUCUUGAUUGACAAAAGCAAAGUAGCAAAGUUGUAUAAUUACCAAACAUAAAACAAUUUGUUUUUCUUACACAAGCAAAAUUUUAAUGUAGAGUACUUUUAUAAAGCUAUUGACUUGUAGUAAGUGUAUUGGUGACUUGCAUGCAAGAAAUUGCUAUUCCCUUUAAGAAUGGUGAGACACAUUAUUAUUGAGC